AUGUUGAAGCGGCUACAAAUGUAUGACCUGAAUGUGAGAUAUAAAAGAGGGACUGAAUUAUAUCUUGCAGAUACGCUAAGCAGACACUAUCUGACAGCGGUACAAGAGACCAGAGAAACAGAUGUUCUGAAUUACUUGUCAGAUGUGGAGAUAGAGCAGGGAGAACAUGAUGAAAUCAUGGAGAUCAACCAAUUGCUGGCGAGUGAAGAUGUUGCUAACAUGUAUCGGGAUAAAACAGAUCAAGAUGAAGAUUUGCAGGUGUUAAAGAGAGUCAUGCAGUCCGGAUGGACAGUGGUUAAGAACAACCUGACAGCCGCAGUGGGGUACUACUUUCAUAUCCGUGAUGAAUUGGUGGUCCAAGAUGGGCUGAUAUUACGCGGUGGUCGACUAGUUAUUCCUAAGGCACAUCGAAAGACAAUGAUGGAAAGUCUUCAUGCCAGUCACCGAGAUCGAAGCGACUCUCAGAAGGGCGAGAGAAACCAUGUACUAGCCAAAUAUGAAUGCGGAGAUUAAAGAUUAUAUGUGAAGAAAUGCGACUUAUGCUGUAGUAUUGGUUCUAAGCAAUCAAAAGAAACACUCAUCAGUCACGAGAUUCCUGACCGGCCAUGGGGAAAGAUCGCCACAGAUUUGUUCGAGUUCGAUGGUAAGGUAUUUGGUAACAGUCGAUUAUUUCUUGACCGCCUCUACAGUACACAGGCCGUAUCCGUUAUUCAAAAGCUUAAGGCGCACUUGGCGCGCUAUAGCAUUCCUGAAAAAUUAAUAAGUGAUCAAGGUCCUCAGUUUACCUCUGGAGAAUUCAAGAAUUUCUGUGCGAGUUAUGGAAUGAAGAAUACCAUGACUAUCCCACAUUAUCAUCAGGCAAAUGGAAUGGCCGAAGCUGCUGUUAAACAAGCUAAACGAGUCCUGAAAGUAGCCAAGAUAUCUGGACGAGACCCGCAUUUAGCUUUGUUGGAUCUCAGAAAUACUCCUCAAGAAGGUACUGAAGUACAAGCCCAGCACAGCGAUUGAUGAGCAGGCGGACCAAAACUGUUUUGCCAAUUUCGAAAGGGUUGCUAAAACCAGCAGUUAUUGAAAAAACGAAACAGCAAAGAAGAGCGCAUCAAGAACGACAGAAGAAAUUUUACAACCGGGGAGCACGAGAUUUACCAGCAUUGGCUGCAGGUGACCAAGUAUGGAUACAGACAGUCAAAGUUGGGGAUCGAGAAUGGACGAAGCAACCGUUUUAAGAGAAGCGGGUAUCAGGUCCUAUGAAGUCGAAAUGGGGAAUGACCGAACUCUUAUUUGGAAUCGAAGACAUUUGAAGGAAGCAAAAUCAAGAUCUGCAAAUGGCGAUGAUCAACAACAGAUCCAAGAAUUACCCAGAACACCUGAAUUUGCCGAGCGGGGAUCAAGCGGGUUUGAUGGAGAAACAGACCCUAUUCCAGAGCUUAUUCCGGAUCCAGAUCGAGGCGCCUAA